AUGUCCAAAACAUUUUCCAAAGACCUAGUAGAAGAUUUUAAAAGUUUAUAUGAAUCUAAAGAACAUUAUGACACAAUUAUUACCGUUGGUGAAGAACCAAAUAUUGAACAAGUUUAUGCCCACUCAGUGAUUCUUUGUACUAGGUCAUCAUAUUUUCGUAGUGCUUUAUCUAAUAAAUGGGCUGAAAGAAAAGAAGGAUAUUUGAUUUUAUCAAAACCUAAUAUAAACGCAAUGACUUUUAAAAUUAUUCUUAAGUUUUUGUAUUGUGGAGUAGUAGAUUUGGAAGAUCUAGAAGAUGAAACGAUCUUAGAGCUUUUGGUUGCCGCAGAUGAACUUUUAAUUCAAAGGCUCAUUGAUUUCAUUCAAGAAUUCUUAAUUAAAGAUAGUACUGAAUUAUUAGAAUUAAGACUCGGCAGAAUGUUAAAUUUCAUUACUCAUAAUAAGCAAUUCAUCGAGCUUAAAGAGGCUUUUUUGGAGACUAUUUACAGCAAAAAUGAAAAUACAAAUAUAUUAGAGGAAACAUUGCAUGAAUUGAUUAAGCUUAUUAGGUUUCAUCAAAUAGAUCCUAAGGAAUUCGUACCUGAAGUAUGGGCAUACAAAGACCUUUUACCAGACAAUUUAAUUGAAGAUGUAAUACGUUGUUAUUUGGAUUCAGAUGCAAGACCAAUGUAUAACACAUUUUUAAUUAGAUGGGGAAAUUUUGAAAUUGAGUCUGUAUUAAUCAACAAAGAAAUUGCACUAAUUUUGACGAAAUGGAUAGAUAAAACAAAUAUUGAUGACGAUAUAUCAAAAGGGUCAAAGUAUAAUUUUAAACGUCUAUUUAGAAGUAGUUUAGAUGGAUUGUCAUCACAAAUGUUCCAUCGAAUUUGCGACAACCAAGGAGCAACUAUUGUAAUAGCCAAAAUCAAGAAUACGACACUUCUUAUUGGUGGUUAUAAUCCACUUGAUUGGAAUGGAGCUGAUGAAUGGAAACAAACGAUAGAUAGCUUUUUAUUUGUAUUAGAUUUUAAAGACAUCAGAAAAGGAGUAGUAUCUCGCAUUAAUCAUAGUCACAGUAAAUAUGCAGUCUUUUGUGACAUUAAUUGUGGACCAAGUUUUGGAGAAGGCCCCGAUUUUCAUAUUUUAAAUAACAGCUAUACUUUGAAAUAUAAAGCAAAAUCCUACUCUAAAAUGGUGAAUUCACAUACUCUUUCGAUUUUGGAUUAUGAAGUCUUUCAAGUUGAAAGCAUCGCAAAACCUUCAAUCAUAGAAAAUAAACAGUAA